UACAGAGGAGCCGGAACUUUUGUUUUCGCCACACGUGACAUAGAGUCUUCGGCUUGGAACUUUGUUUUUGUUUGUUUUGUUUGGAAUAAAACUGCAAACCAUGAACGAUAAACGUUGAUUUAUUAAAACUUGGGGAAUCCAGAUCCAUUGGUGCGAUUGUAAACCUGUGAAGAAAAAAUAUAUAUAAACGAGAUGGAGUUGCUGUUGGAUGCCUCUCACCUCCUCAGAGAUUCCUCUAAUGGCACAAACACCACCGAGCUGACGUACGGCUUCGUGUCCUGCGCCGUCUCCGUCCUCUUCUACGGGAGCAACUUCGUUCCUGUGAAGAAGAUCGACACUGGCGAUGGCAUGUUUUUCCAGUGGGUGCUUUGUGCUGCUAUAUGGACGGUGGCUUUGAUUGCGAACAUCAUCUUGAGCAGCCCAAAGUUCUGGCCUCUGGCUAUGCUAGGAGGAGCCAUCUGGGCUACAGGUAAUAUCACGGUUGUGCCCAUACUUAAGACCAUUGGUCUCGGCCUGGGGCUUUUGAUAUGGGCUUCCUUCAACCUCCUGAUGGGCUGGGCCAGUUCACGAUUUGGCUGGUUUGGCAUCGAGGCUGAAAAUGUCUCCAAACCGACCCUUAACUACUGCGGCGCCGGGUUGUGUUUGCUUAGCGCCAUUGUGUUUUUCUUUGUGAAGAGUGACGGCCAGAGACCUGCUACGUCCGAAGAGACGCCGCUGCUAAUAGACAACAGCGUGAAUGCUGACUCGCCAACGUCAUCAGAUAACUCGUGGGUGGACAUGUUGCCGCCCUUCACCAAGCGCCUGGUAGGUUUGUCACUUGCCGUAGUAGCAGGACUCCUUUACGGCUCGUCGUUCAUCCCAGUGCUGUACAUUAAAAACCACGCAACGCAGCAGAACAGCCAGUAUGAUGGUGCGAGCCAGUUCGAUCUAGAUUACGUCUUUGCUCAGUUCAGUGGGAUCUUCCUCACCAGCACUGUGUACUUCCUUGUCUAUUGCGCCUUCAAAAAGAACAAACCGCAAGUGUUUGCUAAAGCCAUACUACCAGGGUUCGUUUCUGGGGUGAUGUGGGGCGUGGCCACAUGCUGCUGGUUCCUGGCCAAUCACUACCUGAAGCCAGUGGUGAGCUUCCCCAUCAUCACUACGGUUCCUGGGCUUAUUGCUGCUUUGUGGGGGGUUGUGGUCUUUAAGGAAGUGAAGGGUCUGAGGAAUUACCUGGUCCUCAUCCUGGCUUUUUGUAUGAUCGUGGCUGGCGCGUUGCUGACCGCCUUCUCGGUGUAGUUACACGUGUCCACCACACGGCGGACACGGAGCCACAAAUCCCUCCAUCCGCUCACUGUUUACCUUCAUAAACCGCUGUGACAAUACAAGACCUAAAGCCACAAAGCCUUUUGAAAGUCUUUUCAUUUUAGAGCCAGUUCUCUGGACGGACUGUAACUGACCUGUGAUAUUCACUGAAUUUCCUUCAAUCACAUUUUACAGCACGAAGGACCUCAUUUUGAGUUUUUUGAUUCUGCACGUGUUUUUUUUUUUUUUUUUUUGUCUUGUGUGCGCUUAUUAAUAUUAAUGCACUUUUGAUUUGAUGCCACUUUUUUUAAAAAAUUUAUAUUAUUAUAAAGGGAAUCCAGUCAGGCAGCUGAUUCUGAGGGCAGACUUCAUCAGAAUUUUAGCAAUUUAAUAAAAAGCUCUUGCUUCGAUAAGAUGCCUAGUGUAUUUAUUGUGAAGGAUUAAAACGUGUGUGUUUAUGCUUUCAUGCAUAUAAAAGGUAGCAUUAGUAGUGUUUAAAAAAAAAUAUGGCAUCAUUUACACACCAGAUUUGUAAUAUUGCAAUAUUUAUAUUUCUGGAUUCUGCUGGGUUUUUUUAUUUUAUUUUUUCCACCUCAGAAAUAAGCUCCGCCCCCCAGAUAAAACAGUGCAGCUCAGAUUGGCUCAAUAUCUCUAAAGGCAGCUCACAAAAGCAUGUUUAACAUGAAGGCUGGGGUCAGUUGGAGAAAGUAAAUUGAGGAGGCUUCUCAAGUCAUAAUUGUAAUCCACCUUGUAGCCAGUAGAUGGAGCCAAAAUCUCAUGAUUUUAUUUCUUUAGUAGGGCGGAUCAAUUCAAAGCUAGUUGCCUUACUGGCGGCAGCAGUUUAUUAGCUCACAAAAUAUUACAUAUUGACGAGGUGUCAAAAAGGAAAAAUGGCAAUAAACUUAUGUAAACUCUGGAA